CAAAAUGGCACUGCUUUGCCUCUUGUCCUGUAUUGCCCUUAUUGGAAGUACUUAUGGCUGUGGUGUCCCUGGCAUUAAACCCAUUAUUUCUGGAUACGCCAGAAUUGUGAAUGGUGAGAAUGCAGUCUCUGGGUCCUGGCCGUGGCAAGUGUCUCUACAGGACAGAACUGGAUUCCAUUUCUGUGGUGGUUCCCUGGUGAAUAACUUAUGGGUCGUAACUGCUGCUCAUUGUGGCGUCACAACCUCACACCGUGUUAUUCUGGGUGAAUAUGAUCGUUCUUCUUCAGCUGAGCCAAUUCAAACCAUGUCUAUUUCCAGGGUUUUCAGACAUGCAAAUUACAACACCUAUUCUAUGAUCAAUGACAUUACUUUGUUGAAACUCUCCAGUCCUGCCUCUUUCAACAGCCGUGUCGCUCCUGUCUGUGUUCCUACCUCCAGUGAAGUUUUUAAUUCUGCUGAAAGAUGUGUCACAACUGGAUGGGGAUAUGUCGAUGCCAACUCAAAAUUAUCUCCAAACAAGCUUCAGCAAGUUACCCUGCCUCUUCUCUCCAACACUGAAUGUCAGAGGUACUGGGGUAAUAAGAUCCAUAGUACUAUGAUUUGUGCUGGAGCAUCUGGUGCCUCCUCUUGCAUGGGGGACUCUGGUGGACCACUUGUGUGCCAAAGAAAUGGAGUUUGGGCGCUGGCUGGUAUUGUGUCCUGGGGAAGUUCUACUUGUUCUCCAUCAUCCCCUGGAGUAUAUGCUCGUGUCACAACUCUUAGAUCCUGGAUGGAUCAGAUUGUUGCUUCCAAUUAAAUCAAUUUCUUUGAUAAUUGUGAAAUAAAAAAUAUACUGAAGUAA